UGUGACACGAGAUGACUUCGAUGCCAGAAAGAAAGCAAAUUCUCGAACUGAUUGAAGUUUAUCGCACCUUACCCGCCCUGUGGGAUGUAAGGAGUCCGGAUUAUACUAAUCGCCGCAUAAAAGACGUGCAAUAUAAUAUUUUAUUGCAGAAAUACCGGGAAUCUCAGCCAAAUGCUGAUAAAAAUGAUUUACGUAGGCGCAUAAAUUUAUUGCGUACCUGUUAUAGGCGCGAAUAUAGACGGACUUUAAAUCGAAAAAACGAUCCAAAUGGACCUUACAAACCAUCGCUAUUUUACUUUAAUGCCUUGGACUCAUUUUUGAACUCGGUUGAAUUGACGCCUGUAAAUGAGAACUGUUCCACUUGCUCUGUAAAUGUUGUGAACUCUGUGGAAACGGUCAGUUCGAUGAGGUGUUUGAAUGUGACCGAACCAGCACCAAAACAACCAGAACCGAAACAACCAGAGCCACCAGUACCUAAAAAAAAGAAACCCAACCCUACCAUCGAACCCGUAAAACAGGCUACGUCAAGUUUAGCAACCGCACCAGAUACUAGCCAGCAAAUGGCCAAUGUCUGGGGUCAGAAGCUCUCAAAAAUGGAACGAAUGCAACGUAUAAUUGCCGAACGAGUUAUUAACGAGGUCAUGUUCAAUGCUGAAUUGGGCUUACUCAACACAAACACUGGUCUAACCAACAUAGGUACCGUCUACCACAUACAGUCUUCACCCGCGUUUACAGAGCCAAAGGAGGAAAUCGUUACUAUUGAAACUAAUGAUAUUUUUGGGAUUUAGAAACCUGUAAAUAGUGAAUUAUUUUAUUUCUUUACAAAGAAUAUCUAUCUACCUACCAACUGUGAACUUAAUUUUAAGUUUAAUUUAAGAGUACAUACAUAUUUGUAAGAAUGCAGUCAAUAAAAUAUAAAAUUUGUUAUAAAAAUUAAAAAGAAA